GUAGGUCUAAGUGGUAAGGAGUGGGACUCUUGUCGUGCACCUUAUACCACGAUGGAUGACUAUCCGAUGUAUGGGCUGCUUGUGGGGUUCUCCCUCUGGGGGACCCUAUGGCGUCUCCUCUUUCCUCUGGGCUUUUGGCCCACCUUCACGUGUAGAGUAGGGACUCGGGGUGGUACUUCCACCCAACCUUACACGAAGAUGGAGGAGGAGAAGAUGGCCGCCGUCCUGAGGGAAAGAAAGGAGAAGAAAGAGGCCAAGAAGAAGGCCCUACAGGAGGAGCAGGCGGCCAAGCUGAAGAAGAUAGAGGAAGAAAUGGCCAGGGAGAAGGAGAGAAUAAAGAAAGAAGAAGAGGAGAAGCUGAAGGAGGUGGAAGAGGAAGAGGAGGAAGAUGAAACACCACUGCAAAGGAAGAGGGGGCAGCAUGGUGGCACCAAAGAUGAAGAGAUGGAGAAACGGAUUUCGGAGUGGGAAGCCGCUAUGAACAAAUUGGAAGAAGAAGAAGAUGUUCUGAAGCGGCAGGCGAUAGAAGAUGAAACGAGGAUGGUGUGGAAACUCGCAAUGAUGAGGGAGAAGAAAAGAAGAGUGGAGGCGACAAGUGAGGCGGUUAAAGAGCUGGAGGAGGUGCAAAAACUAACUCUACGAUUGACCCCCCAGGUAGACCUCCAACAAAAGGUGGAUAUCAUUGCCCAAAGCGUCGAGCGUUUAGCGAGAGUACAAGAACAGCAGUACGAGUUUAGCCGAAGUCAGGACAUAGCUGUGCGUUCGAUGCGGAUGGGGUUCCGGGACUUUGCCCGCAAAUUGGUAGGAGCUGUAGGAGCCGAGGUGAAUCAUCGCCUCGAGAAGACUGAGCGUUUUUGUGUUGGCGCCCUUAAAGGCGUCAAGGUGGCAGCUCCCAAGGAGGGCGAACCGCGUCCUCGUAGGGAGCCAGUCAAAGUUAAGUUCCCUGAUUCCUACACUGGAAAGAGGGAAGAAAACUUUGACAAUUGGGAGGCCAAUGUCAAGACCUAUGUGCACCUGCAACAGGUCUCCCCGGAUCAGCAUGUCUUGAUUGCGAUCCAUGUGCUAAGAGAUGAAGCUGCCAGCUUUGCAAGGUCCCUAGUUCGCGCCGCCAACUGCAAUGAUGAUGCAGUUGCCUAUUCGUCAUUCACUCCCCUCGUUGAGUUCAUGAAAUUGCUGCGCGAGCGAUUUGCAGAUGUUGCUCGCAGUGUCAAGGCCUCAGAUAAGCUCCAGACGAUCGAUCCAUGCUCAUUAGUGAAAAAGGAGAAGUUGGAGGAACAGGUUUUUGUUGCCUAUGUUAGGCUAGUGACUGAGCCUACGGAAGAAAAGUCGAUGGACCCUGCGAUUGCCAAGCUGCUGGAAGAGUUCAAGGACCUAACUGAGCCGCCGAUAGGAGUGGUACCGCGGCCCAUCCAACACCGCAUUGAGAUAGAGCCUGGCAGUAGAACUCCUAAGGGCGCUGUGUAUGGGAUGUCCCCACGGGAGUUAGAGGAGCUUCGCAAGCAAUUAGACGAGCUCCUCGAGAAGGAUUGGAUUAGGCCCAGUUCGUCUCCUUUUGGAGCGCCUGUUCUCUUUGUUCCCAAGAAAGAGGGAGAGUUUAGAAUGUGCAUAGACUAUAGGGGUCUGAAUGCGAUUACAGUGAAGAAUGCUGAGCCACUGCCUAGGAUAGACAAUCUCUUAGAUCGAGUGCAGGGGGCAAAGUAUUUUUCCAAGAUAGAUUUGAAGUCCGGAUAUCAUCAGAUAGAAGUACAUCCUGAUGAUCAGUAUAAGACAGCCUUCCGGACUAGAUAUGGGCACUAUGAGUUCAUAGUGAUGCCCUUCGGACUAACCAAUGCGCCAUCUACGUUCCAGUGCUGCAUGAACGAUUUGUUUAGGCCAUGGUUAGAUAAAUUUGUUGUUGUCUACUUAGAUGAUAUUCUAGUGUUUAGUAAGACCCUCCAAGAACACCUGGGUCAUCUCAGGCAGGUCUUGGAGAAGCUGAGGGAAGCUAACUUCAAGAUCAAUGCAAAGAAGUGCGAUUGGGCAAUGACCCAAGUUUUAUACCUAGGCCACGUCUUAGACGGAGACGGCGUUAAACCAGAAGAUUGUAAAAUCGCAGCGAUUAGAGAUUGGCCCACGCCACGUACGCUAACAGAGUUGCGCUCGUUCCUGGGCUUAGCUAAUUACUACAGGAAGUUCGUGAGGAACUUCUCCACCAUCGUUGCGCCCCUUCGCAGAUUGUUGAGGAAAGAGACCAUCUGGAAGUGGGACAAGGACUGCACGGCUGCCAUGAAGAAGUUAAAGCAGGCGUUGAUAGAGUACCCGGUCCUUAAGGUAGCCGAUCCGUCCUUGCCCUUUGUCGUCACUACGGAUGCUAGCCAAUAUGACAUAGGCGCGGUGUUGCAGCAAGACGAUGGCGACGGUUAUAGACCCGUAGAGUUCAUGUCCGCCAGAAUGCCUUCAGAGAAGGUCGCGACAUCUACCUAUGAGAGGGAACUCUACGCUCUCAGGCAAGCCUUCAAACACUGGAAGCACUACCUGCUUGGGAGACACUUCAAAGUCUAUUCCGAUCAUGAGACAUUAAGAUGGUUAAAGAUGCAGGCCAAGAUGACACCUAAGCUUACUAGGUGGGCCGCAGAGAUAGAUCAGUACGACUUUGAGCUCAAGCCUGCCAAGGGGAAGUAUAACGUAGUUGCGGAUGCUCUGAGUAGGAGAGCUGAUUACUUUGGGGCAGUAGUGCAUUACUUAGACAUAGGGAAGGACCUGCAGCAGAAGAUUAGAGAAGCCGAUGCACAGGACCCUAUCUAUAGCGACCUCCUCAAGAAGGUCAAGGAGACCCCAGAGACUGAGCCAAACUACCGCACUAUGGAAGGGUUGCUUUUUUAGAAGACUAAUGUAUUUGACCGCCUGUGCAUUCCUAAU